AUGCAUUUUAUAUCUACCUAUAUCUAUCUAUCUCCAUGCAUUCCUAUCUACCUAUCUCUCUAUAUCUAUCUAUCUCCAUUUCCUAUCUACCUAUCUCUCUAUAUCUAUCUAUCUCCAUACAUUCCUAUCUAUCUAUCUAUCUAUCUAUCUCCAUGCAUUCCUAUCUACCUAUCUCUCUAUAUCUAUCUAUCUCCAUGCAUUCCUAUCUACCUAUCUCUCUAUAUCUAUCUAUCUCCAUGCAUUCCUAUCUACCUAUCUCUCUCUAUAUCUAUCUAUCUCCAUGCAUUCCUAUCUACCUAUCUCUCUAUAUCUAUCUAUCUCCAUGCAUUCCUAUCUACCUAUCUCUCUAUAUCUAUCUAUCUCCAUGCAUUUCUAUCUACCUAUCUCUCUAUAUCUAUCUAUCUCCAUGCAUUCCUAUCUACCUAUCUCUAUAUCUAUCUAUCUCCAUGCAUUCCUAUCUACCUAUCUCUCUAUCUAUCUAUCUCAUACAUUCCUAUCUACUCUCUCUAUCUAUCUAUCUCCAUGCAUUCCUAUCUACCUAUCUCUCUAUAUCUAUCUAUCUCCAUGCAUUCCUAUCUAUCUCUCUCUAUAUCUAUCUAUCUCCAUGCAUUCCUAUCUACCUAUCUCUCUAUAUCUAUCUAUCUCCAUGCAUUCCUAUCUACCUAUCUCUCUAUAUCUAUCUAUCUCCAUGCAUUCCUAUCUACCUAUCUCUCUAUAUCUAUCUAUCUCCAUGCAUUCCUAUCUACCUAUCUCUCUAUAUCUAUCUAUCUCCAUGCAUUCCUAUCUACCUAUCUCUCUAUAUCUAUCUAUCUAUCAUUCCUAUCUACCUAUCUCUCUAUUCUAUCUAUCUCCAUGCAUUCCUAUCUACCUAUCUCUCUAUAUCUAUCUAUCUCCAUGCAUUCCCUAUCUACCUAUCUCUCUAUAUCUAUCUAUCUCCAUGUUCCUAUCUACCUAUCUCUCUAUAUCUAUCUAUCUCCAUGCAUUCCUAUCUACCUAUCUCUCUAUAUCUAUCUAUCUCCAUGCAUUCCUAUCUACCUAUCUCUCUAUAUCUAUCUAUCUCCAUGCAUUCCUAUCUACCUAUCUCUCUAUAUCUAUCUAUCUCCAUGCAUUCCUAUCUACCUAUCUCUCUAUAUCUAUCUAUCUCCAUGCAUUCCUAUCUACCUAUCUCUCUAUAUCUAUCUAUCUCCAUGCAUUCCUAUCUACCUAUCUCUCUAUAUCUAUCUAUCUCCAUGCAUUCCCUAUCUACCUAUCUCUCUAUAUCUAUCUAUCCCCAUGCAUUCCUAUCUACCUAUCUCUCUAUAUCUAUCUAUCCCCAUGCAUUUCUAUCUACCUAUCUCUCUAUAUCUAUCUAUCUCCAUGCAUUCCUAUCUACCUAUCUCUCUAUAUCUAUCUAUCUCCAUGCAUUCCCUAUCUACCUCUAUAUCUAUCUAUCUAUCUCCAUGCAUUCCUAUCUACCUAUCUCUCUAUAUCUAUCUAUCUAUCUCCAUGCAUUCCUAUCUACCUAUCUCUCUAUAUCUAUCUAUCUAUCUCCAUGCAUUCCUAUCUACCUAUCUCUCUAUAUCUAUCUAUCUAUCUCCAUGCAUUCCUAUCUACCUAUCUCUCUAUAUCUAUCUAUCUAUCCCAUGCAUUCCUAUCUACCUAUCUCUCUAUAUCUAUCUAUCUAUCCCAAUCUACCUAUCUCUCUAUAUCUAUCUAUCUAUCUCCAUGCAUUCCUAUCUACCUAUCUCUCUAUAUCUAUCUAUCUCCAUGCAUUCCUAUCUACCUAUCUCUCUAUAUCUAUCUAUCUAUCUCCAUGCAUUCCUAUCUACCUAUCUCUCUAUAUCUAUCUAUCUAUCUAUCUCCAUGCAUUCCUAUCUACCUAUCUCUCUAUAUCUAUCUAUCUAUCCCAGUGCAUUCCUAUCUACCUAUCUCUCUAUAUCUAUCUAUCUCCAUGCAUUCCUAUCUACCUAUCUCUCUAUAUCUAUCUAUCUAUCCCAGUGCAUUCCUAUCUACCUAUCUCUCUAUAUCUAUCUAUCUAUCCCAGUGCAUUCCUAUCUACCUAUCUCUCUAUAUCUAUCUAUCUAUCCCAGUGCAUUCUAUCUACCUAUCUCUCUAUCUAUCUAUCUAUCCCAGUGCAUUCCUAUCUACCUAUCUCUCUAUAUCUAUCUAUCCCAGUGCAUUCCUAUCUACCUAUCUCUAUAUCUAUCUAUCUAUCCCAGUGCAUUCCUAUCUACCUAUCUCUCUAUAUCUAUCUAUCUAUCCAUUCCUAUCUACCUAUCUCUCUAUAUCUAUCUAUCUAUCCCAGUGCAUUCCUAUCUACCUAUCUCUCUAUAUCUAUCUAUCUAUCCCAGUGCAUUUUAUCUACCUAUCUCUCUAUAUCUAUCUAUCUAUCCCAGUGCAUUCCUAUCUACCUAUCUCUCUAUAUCUAUCUAUCUAUCCCAGUGCAUUCCUAUCUACCUAUCUCUCUAUAUCUAUCUAUCUAUCCCAGUGCAUUCCUAUCUACCUAUCUCUCUAUAUCUAUCUAUCUAUCCCAGUGCAUUUCCUAUCUACCUAUCUCUCUAUAUCUAUCUAUCUAUCCCAGUGCAUUCCUAUCUACCUAUCUCUAUAUCUAUCUAUCUAUCCCAGUGCAUUCCUAUCUACCUAUCUCUCUAUAUCUAUCUAUCUAUCCCAGUGCAUUCCUAUCUACCUAUCUCUCUAUCUAUCUAUCUAUCCAGUGCAUUCCUAUCUACCUAUCUCUCUAUAUCUAUCUAUCUAUCCCAGUGCAUUCCUAUCUACCUAUCUCUCUAUAUCUAUCUAUCCCAGUGCAUUCCUAUCUACCUAUCUCUAUAUCUAUCUAUCUAUCCCAGUGCAUUCCUAUCUACCUAUCUCUCUAUAUCUAUCUAUCUAUCCCAGUGCAUUCCUAUCUACCUAUCUCUCUAUAUCUAUCUAUCUAUCCCAGUCAUUCCUAUCUACCUAAUCUAUCCCAGUGCAUUCCUAUCUACCUAUCUCUCUAUAUCUAUCUAUCCCAGUGCAUUCCUAUCUACCUAUCUCUCUAUAUCUAUCUAUCUCAGUGCAUUCCUAUCUACCUCUCUCUCUAUCUAUCUCAGUGCAUUUCUAUCUAUCUCUCUCUGUAUGUGUGUUGAUAAUAUGUGA